GCGCUCCAUAACUGACCUGCUCCAGAUGUUCGCGCUUCCUCCAGCUGUGCGCCGGUUCUCCAGGCUUCCAGCUGAGAGCCCGGCGGCCCUCCUGGUCCUCAGGGGCCUGCUCGGCGCGGUGAGCGGCGCAGUGUUGUUUCUGGGAAUUGUCCAUAACUUCCCUCUGACAUUUGUCCUGAAGCUGGCGGUAGGAUCUGUAUUUGUCGGUGUGUGCGUAGCAGGAGGAGCUCUGUCCUCGUCCUUCAGGUGUACCGUCCUCCUCACCUUACCCAGCAUCCUCGGCUCACGUGGCCGCUCCUACCUGAUGGUGCUGGUUGUGAUGGUUAUGUUCAGAGGUCCGAUCGCAAACAUCGAGCGGAACGCCGAGGCGGCGGCUCUGUCUCUGAGCUGUAAUCUGGACCUGCAGGUUCAUCACAGCAGGAUGCUGUGGAGGCAAGCCAUCCGACCCUUUAUUCUGGUCACACAGCAGCUGAUGGAUGAUAAAGCAGAGUUUGAGUCGGAGUCCCUGAACAUCAGCAGGAAGUUCCAGAACAUCAGGGAUGAAGUCCUCCUUCAGUACGGAUACGACCCGUUCCAGCCGAAGCCGAAGCCCGGCGGCAGAGCGAACAGCACCCAGGAGCAGUUCACCGCCAAGACCAGGAUGCAGUGCGACGGUGUGGUGAGUGAGGGCAUCCAGCGCUGUGCUGAUUGGUUCGCUCAGAGGUGGGAGGCAUGCAUGGAAGCCAUUCCUGUUCCUGUCAUCAACCACAUCCUCUGCGUCUCCAUGAAGUUCCACUUCCUGUGUGACGUCAUGAGAAUCAUGACUCCCUGGUGCCGGCAGCAGAUUCCCGUGGAGGGAAACUUCGGGCGGCUCUUCGAUCAGCUCAACGUUUCAGUGGAGCGUCUCUCCAGAGAGUUCAGGACGGAGGUGGUCGUCCAGGAGGAGGAGCAGCAGCCGGUGCUGGACGGGGUUCUGUUGGAUCAGGCCUUCACUCAGGCCGUCAGACGGUCCUUCCAGAACCUGACGAGGACGAUGGAACAAGUGAUGAACGUCCUGCAGCUGCUGCUGUCCUUCACCUUCAUCACCGUGUUCAUCCAGGCGUUUCAGUACCUCUGCUCCUACAGGAGGAACAUCAUGUUUGACAACCUCUACAUCACCUCCUACUUCAGACGCAUCGAUGACCGCAGGAGACGAGCGGGCAAACGCUUCCUGCUGCCUCUCAGGAAAUCAGAGAGUAAGGCGUUCAUCGCCCCGACGAGUCUGAAGAUCUUCCCCCAGGAGCUGAAACAGGUGGUGAACGCCAGGAGCUUUCCAGUUCUGUCCAUCUUGCUGCUGUCCGUCGUCCUGCUGGCCGUCGACUCCGCUCUGGUCCGCGUUCUCGACAUCAUCAGCAGACACACGUUCACGCAGUUCAACGUGACGAGCGGUUACCACGUGGACAUCAAAGUGGGCGGGGACUCCAUGAUGGCCCGCCUCCUGCGGACCACGAUUUCCGGAUUCAACAGUUCAUCUGAGCUGAACGUCCACAGCGACAACCGGUGGUGA